GCGCAGCGGCCUGUCCUCGGCUCUCCUCCGCCCCGAACCUCCGCUCAGCUCCGCCCCGGGGCUCCAGCAGCUCGCACUCCGGCCUCGGGACUCCGCUCCGGGCCUCGUCGCCUGGUUUCUCGGCUCGGUUCGGCUCGGUUGGGCUCGGUUUCGGUCCGGAGAUGAACCCUCCGUGUGCCCGCUGCGGGAAGACGGUUUAUCCCACGGAGAAAGUGAACUGUCUGGAUAAGAACUGGCACAAAGGCUGUUUCCACUGUGAGGUCUGUAAAAUGACCCUCAACAUGAAGAACUACAAAGGCUACGACAAGAAACCCUACUGCACCGCACAUUAUCCAAAGACGUCGUUCACCAUCGUCACAGACACUCCAGAAAACCUCCGACUGAAACAGCAGAGCGAACUACAGAGCCAGGUGAAAUAUAAGAAAGACUUUGAGGAGAGUAAGGGGCGGGGCUUCAGCAUGGUCACUGACACGCCCGAACUCCAGAGGCUCCGGAGGACACAAGACGUCAUCAGUAAUUUGAUUCUCCGGCACGUGGACCAGAGACCCAAGGGCACCGUGGAGAUAAGGACUUAA